CGUAGCAUCUUCGACAGUUUCAGGUUGCUCUAGAGCCAGCAGGGGAGAGAGAAAGCUCGCCAGAAGAAGGCAACAGCAGCUGACUCGCUGCAACGCCAUGUUCUGAAUUUCCGUUCCAAAGUCUCCGAAAUCGGGAACGGAAUUGUGAAUUUCUGGUCAGGGUGUCGGAUCUGGGGAGUCGCGCACCCAUCAGCUACCUCCUAUACCCAUCUCCCAUCCCAGAGCCAAGCAGAUUACUACAUCCGAGGCUGAGCCUUCCUCGCUGAGGUCCAGCGGCCGCCCGACCGUGCGGAGAGCUGGAGCUAAGGACAAGCAACAGAAGAGAACUCUCGCCAAAGAUGUCAAUCCAGCCAGCUACAGGCACUCCAUUCUCCACAACAUCUGUGCUGAGAUGCUGGAGAAAGGUUUCCAUAAGUCAUUCUCAGAGCUGUUCAACCUGGUCCAGCAGCAGAGGCGGGAGCACGAGAGGGCGGGACCAGCCGCCGUCCUCUUGGAGCCCCUGAUCCACUCCGACCACACCAAACUGGAGUACCUCCGUGUUCAGCUCACAGCCGCGGAGGACGCGGAGCGAACCGGGAAUCUAGAGGGUGUCUAUGUGGCUCUGAAGAGUCUCGCGCAGUACUUUGACAGAAAUCAGGGGGCAUGGCUGUCGUUUCACUUCCACCAGAGGAGUCUGGAGGUGGCGCAGAGGAUCAAGGGAGACAAUCAGAGGGCGGAGGGGGAGGGGCAGUGCAGUGUGGGUGUGGCCAUGGAGAAAAGAGGAGAUCUGCAGAGAGCUGCAGGGCACUUUGAGGCCUAUCGCAGACUGGCUGGCAAGUGGAAAUGGUGCAGCGAGUCGGGAGACAGCGUGUUUGAAAUAGCGUGCGAACACCUGCGAAGAGUUUAUACCAGCCUGGCCAAACAGAUUGAAGCUGAAAGCCCACAGGAAGCUAUAUCUCUGCUCAAAAAGGCCCACGAAAUGGCAAGAGAUAGCAGGAACUCCAGUCAGGAGGGACUGGCAUGCUACCGAUUGGGGCAGGCUCACCAGCUGUCUGGAGACCUUGAUACUGCCAUCCAGUACUACCGCAAGUAUCUGGAGUGGAGCAAGUACCACAAACACAGCACAGGGGCUGGGAAUGCUUACGAAGCUCUGGCCAAGUGCUACGAAAAGAAGGGAGAUCUGGGGACAGCGGUGAAGCAGCUGGAGCUGUAUGUGGAGGUGGCUGAUGGUGCAGGGCCUCAGAGUAUGGCCAGAGCCUGCAGUGCCAUUGGAACCAUGUACAACACCCUGGGAGAUUAUGGGAAGGCAGUGGAUUUCUUUGGCCGAUGUUAUGAGCUAUGCUCAGAGCUAAACGACCCAGCAGCUCUCCACGAGGCCAGAGCACAGUACGGUAUCGCGCGAGGACACCAAAUGUUCAACAGCUACACGACAGCCGUGUGUACCAGUCUUGCCGGUGAUCUGGAGCGUCUCAUCAUGUGGAAAGACGAGAGAGGGAGUGUGGAGGAGAGGACUGGGAACACUGUGGAGGAUACUGGCACGGGAACUGGUGACGAGGACCAAGACAAUGAUGAAAAAGAAGAUGAAGAAGAAGAAGAAGACCAAGAGAGAGAGAGAGAAAAUGUGACAGAUACCGAACAAGAUUCAGAGGAAACAACUUGAACACUACUGUGUAGCAUAAGUUACAAAAUCAUUAACUGAUCAUAUUAUAGCACACUUAAAAUAUAUACACUGACUUGUGUAGAAUUCAGGUUUAGCUACUGAGACAUGAAGAGAAUACACUGGUAAAAAAGGGACAGAGAUGUACAAACUAGAAAGAGAGAGGUGUCCUAUAUACCCACCAUGGCACCAGCUGGUGCGCCCUCACUAAGUUGUGUUACUAGUGAGUACUGUAUCAGCCGGUACCGAGGGAGGGAACACUUGGAUAUCAACACUGUCUGCUUCCACCACCUCUCCCCUCUUUCCUCCCUCUCCUUCUCCUUCUCCUCCAGUGAAUGGGUUGAACCCAAACUGCAGGUAGCCUGCUACACGUUCGAUACAUUUGGACACGGUUGAAGAGAGUUCCUUGAAUGUCGGUCUCUCCAUUGGCUCCAUAUGCCAACACUGCCUCAUUAUACCAUAGAUUUCCUGGUUGCAGGCGGCGUUGUAAGGCUGAGGCAUGCGUUUGCCUUUCUCCAGACUCUGCAUGAGAGUGAGUGGAUCAGUUCCGGGGUAAGGGGCUUUCCCUCCACUGAAUAUCUCCCACAUUGUCACUCCGUAAGACCACUGUCAGUA